GGAAUCGCAGAGAUGUCGCGAAUUUCAAAUCGCGUUGCCACAAUUGGCGCGGUUCUUGUCAUCGUUUUGCUCGUGAUACUUCUAGUAAUCCUCUGGUCGGACGUGCGCAAUGUAGACAAGAUCGAAAGUCUCGGUAGGAUACGAAAGAAUUCAACGAUUGACUCUGGCGUCAAUGAAACGAGGAAGCAGCAGGUCGGCGGCCUGCACAUCGCUACGACGGAUCUGGUUACGACGUUCGAGUCUAUCGAGCAGAAUCUCACGAACGAGGUGCUUCCCGAGAGAAUACAAAAAACGAAGGAAUUCAAUAGCACAGCGUCGAUUAACGUGUUACCACUCGCUAAGGGCAAUUUAGAAUACAUCAAACCUUUAAAAAUUAGUCAAAAUCAAUAUGAAGAUCCACCCGAGCAGUUUUCCACAGCGAAGAGGCAUCACAGUGGUCACUUCCGACACGCGACAGCUGAAGUCUGGGAUCCUCAUCCACAAUACGAAUUUACCGCCUUUGGAAGACGAUUUCGCUUGCGACUGGCACACGACGCAAGUUUCGUAUCUCCCGACAUAAAGGUGACACACAUGAGCGAGAACACGACCAGGAGGGAACACGCUGGUCAUCACUUGGGCUGUUUCUACAGCGGGUCAGUCGACGGUGAUCCAAGUUCAGCGGUCAGCGUCAGCCUUUGUCACGGAAUGACUGGUCACAUGAAGACGUCAAUGGGUAACUACUUCAUUAAACCUACCGAGCAUUGGCGCGAGGACGACAAGGAUUCUCUUGGGUCUUCGUUAAAACACGCGAUCUAUCGUGUACCUACUGCGAUCAAUUUAAAUGAUGACUCCAAUUACGAUGCUCCCGAAAAUGAUGUUAAAAGUCGCAACUGCGGCUUAAUAGAUUAUGACUCAGACGACGUCCCCUCUCCGUUAACCGACGAUAGUUCCGCUCGUAGAAUUUACGUCGGGGAGCGUUCGCGGGAGCGUAGAUCAUUGACGCGGAAAACCGCAUCGCUGGAGCGGUUUCCUAGAGAGGAGGAAGAGAGGUACGAACAAUUCACAGAGCUGAGCGAGCAUCGGGAUUUUUUUCAGAGAUUGGAUUAUAAUGACAGGUAUUAUAAUAUGGAACGUGAACGUGAACGUGGCUAUCAGAACGAAGACGCACAGGACUCGGAGAUGGACUCGGAUCCCUUCGUGACAUGGAGACCACGACGUGCCUUACCGCGUGAAUAUUUCAUCGAGAUCAUGGUGGUAGCCGAUGCGAAAAUGGUGGAGUAUCAUGGCACUGGCUUGGUCAGUUACAUUCUUGUCUUGAUGAGCACGGUUUCACGGAUCUACAAAGAUCAGUCUAUCGGCAAUCCAGUAAGCAUUGCAGUGAUGAAGAUCGUCAAGACUGAAGAAAUAUUCGGUGUCAAGCAUAGUGGAAGUGACGGAAUUGCGGCGGCUGAAAUGUUGAAGCGAUUCUGCCAAUGGCAGAAACGUAACAAUCCCGACGAACCCUCACCGGAACACCACGAUGCUGCGCUUUUAUUAACCAGAGAAAAUCUGUGUCACAAUCCACGCCAAAAACGUUGUGAUACUUUGGGCUUGGCCGAGCUGGGUAGAAUGUGCUCGCCUGGAUCUUCGUGCGCUAUCGUGCAGGAUAAUGGAUUAGCCGCAGCGUUUACCAUCGCACACGAGAUUGGUCACGUGCUUAACAUGCCGCACGACGACGACUCCAAGUGCGCUGGUUUCAGGAAUCGUUCGGGUGUGCACAACGUAAUGUCCCGCAUGCUGGACGAUAAUACUUUUCCCUGGGAGUGGUCCAAGUGUUCCCGACACUAUGUCACCGAAUUUCUCGAAGCUGGAUAUGCUAACUGUUUGCUUGAUGAGCCCAGUAAAAUGAUGGAGAGACAAAACGGUCGAUUACCCGGCGAAGACUAUUCGGAGAACAAACAAUGUGAACUCGUCUUCGGCCAAGGAUCCAGAAUCUGUCCUCAUAUGGUGAGUGAUGUGUGUAGGAGACUGUGGUGCACCGCGCCACUGUGGGAUCAUCAUCAGCAGUGUCACACUCAGCACAUGCCCUGGGCUGAUGGUACACCUUGCGGCGUCGAUAAAUGGUGUCAUCGCGGUGAAUGCGUCUCGCGUAGAAAUCUCGAGCCGGUGCACGGUCAAUGGGGCGAGUGGGGAAGAUACGGCGAAUGUUCGCGGACCUGCGGUGGUGGCGUCAAGAGGAAGUAUCGCGAGUGCGACAAUCCGGCGCCAAACAACGGGGGCAAUUACUGCAUCGGCGAGCGCGUAAAAUACCGUAGUUGUGGCACCAAAGAGUGCCCAUCAGGUAGCCCAGAUUUUAGAGAACAGCAGUGCUCGAAAUUCGAUAACAAUAACUUCAACAUUCAGAAUCUUGCUAGAGAUGUUAAGUGGCAUGCAAAGUAUACAAGAAUAUUGCCACAAGAUCGCUGCAAACUAUACUGCCAAGUGGAGAGCAAUCAGUAUUACAUGUUACGCGACAAAGUAAUCGAUGGAACACCCUGUGGCCCCGACACUUUUCACAUAUGCGUUAAUGGCCAAUGUAAGCCCGCUGGAUGCGAUCACAUCUUGAAUUCGACAGCCGAUCUCGAUACCUGCGGGGUCUGCAGAGGCGACAAUGCCACUUGCCAGAGAAUCGCGGGCGCCUACAACACUAGCGUGUACGGUUAUACCAGGGUAGCUAAAAUUCCUGCAGGCAGCAGCUAUAUUGAUAUUAAACAACACGGAUGGCUGAACUCUCACAACGAUAGUAAUUAUCUCGCGCUACGGAUUGGAGAAGACGGCGAAUAUAUUUUAAACGGGAAUUUUAUGGUAAUGCAUCGUAAGGUGAUCGUGCAUCCCGGCGUCACUAUCGAAUAUAGCGGACCGGAAUCGGUUGUGGAACGGCUGAACAGUUCCCGGCCUACUGCCAUCGAUUUAAUUUUGGAGGUAUUAUCCGUAGGAAACGUUUAUCCACCACAAAUCACGUAUGAGUACACUGUACCCAAAAGAAUUCUAAAUAGUUACACGUGGUUGCUCAGCGAUUGGUCAACUUGCAAUCGAAUGUGUCAGGGUAUGAAAUAUCGCAAAGCCGAAUGUAGAAGUACUGAGCACAAGGAAGCGGUGCCCGAUGCUUAUUGCAGAAAUGAGGAAAAACCGCAAGAGGAGAGUCAGAUGUGCAACGCGCAUUGUACACUACAAUGGCAAACGACCAUAUCUGAAUGCUCAAAUCACUGUGGUCCGGGCGUGCGAACUGUAACCUCGCGAUGCGUUCAAAUCUUGCUAGACUCAUCGCAUCUUCCGCGACCGAUACCGGCGCACGCAUGCUUGCACAUCGAGAAACCGAGCGAGCACCAACCAUGUGUUGGUCCUUGCGACGAUGCUCAUUGGAGUUACAGCGAAUGGAAUGUCUGCAGUGUCUCGUGCGGCGGCGGUGUGCAAUUGAGAAGCGCGAUAUGCGUUGAUUCAAAUGAGAGGCAGGUACGAGAUGAGAAUUGCGCCAGACAGGAGAAACACCUUAAGCGAACGUGCAAUCAAGAGGCUUGUCCGAAAUGGGAUCUGGGAGAGUGGAGUCAGUGUUCCGUGACUUGUGGCAUAGGAAAACGACAUAGAGCUUCCUGGUGUCAGGUCGAAAAUCGCGUAGUAUCGCGCACGUUCUGCAGCGGUACACCGGUUAUAACGGAGGUCUGCGAUGCUGGUCCUUGUCAUCAAUGGCAUGCCAGCGAUUGGAGUCCGUGUUCAGUGACGUGUGGCGAGGGGACGUCGCGAAGAAAAGUCGUUUGCAAGAAUGCAGAUGGUGCUCCGAGUGACGGAUGCCCUAUUGCUGAGAAACCAGAGACUUCGGUUAUUUGCACGCUAAAACCAUGUCUCAAUGUAGUAAGCUUAGCGCCGACCACAUAUUCAACGAAUCCUUCACGUGAAGAUUCAUCUCCACAAGAAAACGAAAUUGAUAACAACGGUAUUACAUUCCAUUAUAAGUGGCACAUAGGACCUUAUGGAGAGUGCUCGCAAAAGUGUAAUAUCGGAUUCAAAACUAAAAUAGCGAGAUGUAUAUCGGAAAUCGGGAUGGUUGCACCUGACUAUUACUGCGAUUCUAAUCAAAAACCGAUAAUCAGAAUGACGUGCAAUCAUUAUCCAUGUCCGGCUUGGAAUACCGGCGACUGGAGUGAGUGCGACGUAACGUGCGGUAACGGAUUCCAACAUCGUCAAGUCCGCUGCCAAGGGCAUGACGGUGAAAUUUUGCCGCACAAGGAGUGUAGCGAAGAACAACCAAAACACGUGCAAAGAUGUCAGAUGGAAUCUUGCAGAAGUAGUCCUAAAAACAGCAGAGAGAACAGUCUGGAGUCUAACAUCAUUCGUAAAUGGAAAAUGUCUAAUUGGACUCCGUGCUCGAAAUCAUGCGGCACCGGGAUUCAGACGCGAAGAGUGGAAUGUAUGAUGAGAAGAGGCAACCAUGGGCCGGAAGUACCCGUUAAGGACGAGCAGUGCAUAAGAUCGAAAUCACGCAAACCAAAAUCGCAGAGAUUAUGCCAACGCAUUGCCUGCGAUUUUAUCUGGCAAGAAGGCACCUGGUCGGAGUGUACGCCGGACUGUGGCAACGGAAUACAACGUCGUGCUGUCACUUGUCAUCGAGUAAACCGCUACGGAUGGAUCGAUCCAACUCCAACGGUAGGUUGUCCGAUGGAUCAAAGGCCAGUCGGCGAGCAGAUUUGUAAACUACGCGAAUGUAGCGAUAAAUAUUAUUGGACUACUGGCCCUUGGAGAAAAUGUAGUCAUCCUUGCGGACGCAAAGGUCGGCAGAUCCGCAGGCUUUAUUGCCACGACGCAAUCAUCGACAAGAAAGUAGCGCGGUUCCAUUGUCCAGCUGAAUACAAACCACUACGAAAGCGCAAGUGCAACCAAAGAAAAUGCGGUCCGGUCACCUGUCUCGAAAUCCAGAAACGACUCAAAGCUACCACGGAUGGCGAAUAUCCAUUGUUAAUCGGUGGUAGAAAUAUGACUAUUUAUUGUCACGGAAUGUCGAGCGCCGAACCGCGAGAAUAUCUGACUUUGCCAGCUGGCGAUAGCGAGAACUAUGCAGAAAUUUACGACAAAAGGUUGAGGAACCCACACACGUGUCCAUUCAAUGGUCAAAGAAACGACAGUUGCAACUGUGUGUCCGAAUUGGGAACGGUGUCUGGCAGAACGAUGUUUAAGAGGGUACGCAUAGAUCCAGCGAAACUUUUUAUUAUAGCGAAUGAUUACACGUUUUCGUGGACAAAAGGAAUGCAACGCGUGGAGUAUGGCAAAGCCGGUGAUUGUUACAGUCUCGUCGAAUGUCCACAAGGACGUUUUAGUAUUGAUUUGACAGGAACUGCUUUGGAAUUAUCACCAGAAAUUACUUGGGUUAAGGAAACUUCGAUCUCUUCUCUCGCAAUCAAUAGAAUUAAUAAUCAACGAAUCGUCGGUAAAUGCGGCGGUUAUUGCGGCUUCUGCAAACCGAUGACGGGCCUAAAGCUGGACGUAUUACCUCCCUAGUCACAGCCAUCAACUUUUUUUUGGUACUUCAUCUAUCUGUUCUAUGAUCCCGCGACUACAAGUCACGGUAUUAUGACCACCGAUUUGCUUUAAAUUCGAUUAGUUUUUUAGUAGCUGCCGGAAAGAAUAUAUAUAUUUUUCAAUAUACGUAUAUAUUGAAGAUAGCGAUAUCGAAACUAAUGGACUCCAGCGAUCGAUAUAGUGGAAUGCACAUGACACGAUGUACAAUCUAUCACUGCCGUCACACAUGUGCGAUUAUUAUACAGAUAAAAAUAACGACUUACGAUUAUGUGUUUGUAGAAAACGUGUCUCUAUGCAAAAUUAGAAAGUUUACAACUAGAAAAAAAGAAAAAGAAAGCAAUUUUUAUUAGUCUAAAAUAAAUAUUAAUAUAACUGGAGGUAUUUUCUCGCCACAAAUCGAAUUUCCAGCAGACGUAACGAUAUCAAAUCAUAUAGUAAUCGUUACAUACAUUUCAUGUACAAACUUAAAGUAAUCGAUAAUGAUAUCUAUUCUAUGAAUUCAUCCUCGUGAUUAAUAUUAUGCUCUCUCGAUGAUCUUAUGAUCCUACAGUUUGCUCUUAUCGUGAUGCACUGCCGUUUUCUACAAUGCUCCAUCGAUUUUAAAAGAAAGAGACGUUAAGAACAACUGAUGCUUUAUUUUUUACUUUAAUAGUAAAGUAUCUAUACAUACAGAAAUAUGCAUAAGUGCAACUGAGAUGAAUAACUUGAUUAACAUCUUGAUAUUAGAACAAUUAAUAAUAUUUGUAGCUUCCAGAUAAAAAGAAAAGAAUGUACUCGAGUUUAUGGUUUUUACACAAUGAUGAAUAUUUUGUACGAUAUUUUUUUACUUGCAGUGAACUGUAGAAACAAAUUUAAAAUUUCUUAAACAAACUCUAUAGGAUAUAAUUUUUCCUUUUUGGUUGCAUCGCGCGCGCAUAGGAAAAUAUCGUCCGUUUUUUAUUUCGAGGAUAUUGCAGUAACAUUCAUAGCGUAGACAUGCACGCGUAAAAUGAAUAAAUCUAUUAGUAAGAUUCAUAGCGUACGCGUGUAAGUACUUUGAAAGUACUUUGAAAAUGGUAUAUACACUGUGUCCGUUAAUAACUAAUAUACGUAAUUUCAUUUCAUUGUUAAAAAAGGAAUAUCAUGUAGGAUGCUACGGGAAGUUUUACAAACUGUUUCUACUUAUAAUUAGGAUGCAUCGAUUCUUCCUUAAUAAAAAUUAUCUCACAACUUAUUUAUUGUCGUUU